AUGGACCCUGCCAGAUUGGCCAGCACCGAAAAUACCCUGAGAGAGAUUACAAGCCAGUUGAAAUAUCUCACCAAACAGCUAGAGCGUAGCAAUUUCAACGGCGUCGAAAACAACCGAUCUUCUAGCAAUGGGCUCUAUCUGAGCGAUUCAGAAACCUUUGGCGAUAGCCUUGAGCAAGUUCUUGACCCCGCAGACCGUGCGGUCCACUCUGCACCAGUUGUUGUCCUGCGCGACCUCGAUCGCCGGUACACUGGGGGCUAUAGAAGACCUAGGGUUCUUACCGACAUUGAUCUGGUUGAGGCUCAGCUUCUUGAUGAGCAGAUGGCCAAAGAUUUAAUACAGAUUGUAUGCUGCCUACAUGCCUUCAUCUACCGCGACGACAUCUUUGAUACACCCAUGCACCGAAAAAUAUACGAACAUGUCCGCAUAUCUCUUGGCAAAAUUCUUUUGUCAAUCCCUUUGACUAUUGAAGAUAUUCACGGUGUGUUUCUCAUGAGUGAGAACGUGAUGGCUGGUCCAGGAAACAGUAAAGAAUACAUCGACAGUUGGAUGUUGACGGGUUAUUGCAUUAAACAAGCAAUGCUCAGUAUCAGCUUCUCUGAAAUCGUUGAGAACAUGAGAAAAGAUAUAUCCACUCCAGAGGACCAAAGAGCAAUUCGGUUAUGGUCAACAAUUUCCUUGGAUCAUCUCUACUGGGCGGCAACCACUGGGAGACCCUCGGCGAUCCCAAACGCAUAUCUUAAACAUUGCGAUCUUCUACUCAGCUUCUACAAGGCGUCCAUGCAGGACGGCAUGCUCCUCGCGGAAAUUUUGCUGUGCACCACUUUGUUACAGAAGCUCGGGGGACAUACUGUCCUAGACAGCGAAGGCCAAUGCGUUGAGUUUACUGCAUGGAAACAGAAAUGGAAUCACUUGUUGUCAAUGCCAACGGCUUCCAUGCUCAGAAUUGGGUAUUUUUCAGCCUGCCUUAUCCUUAUCAUUAGGUCUCUUGAAGAUUUCGGAGAGAAUCUUCAAUCCACGACUCUUUUAUCCAGUUCAUCCAAUACUAACAGCAAUGGGUGUCCGGCUGCGACUGAAAAGGGCACUGCAAAAGAUGCCACGAGAGCAAGCCUGAGAUCAAAUGCAUCAAAACACGCUCAGUCAAUCAUGGAAACCUUUUUGAACAUGCCAUCUUCUCUCAGGAACUCGAUCGCGUCGAAUAGAUGCCUGUGUCUCGGCUACAGCGCCCUCAUCCUCACUCAUUACGACGAAGCUCAGUCGAGCAUCUCGGAUGAGCAUAAACUAAAUCUCAUCACUCGCUUUGAAGAGUGGCUAACCAACGCUCCUGGGGCGGCAUGGGCUGUUAUGUUUGGGAAAUUGGCAAAGCAGAAACUGAUGACGCGAGUGCACAGCAGCAAUUCCAGCCAACGAGAUGGCCAAGGCGCAGUUCGGAAUGGAGAAGAAGCCCCAGCUGCGACUGCCAUGGGCGAGGCAAUAAUGACGCCUACGGAUGGCGCAUCUGUCUGGUCUACCCCGGCACCGCUGAGUUAUGAAUUCCAGCCAGAUUUCGUAUUUCCAAAUAUGGAAGAUUUCUUCAGCGGAGGAUUUCUAGACUUUGGUGGAUUAGAGUAA